ACCUUCCACGUGAAUGACCAAGGUGCAAUUGCAGGGCGUGGGCCGUGUGCGUUAACCGUGGCCGUCGUGUCCGUCUUGGUGGGCGGCGCAGAACAACCAGAACGUAGGCUGGGUCUCGUGGCGUCGCAGCUGGGCGUGCAACCCGUUUGGGGCCAGACAGGGCAGCAGACAGGCAACCAGAUCGGAGGGAUCCAGGGCUGCAUCUGCCUCCCCGUGAACCAGCGCUGCCCUUACGACGGCGGUUCGGGCUCGACGACCGGCGCUGGAGUCUUUGAUGUCAGGAUCGUGAACAGGCCCGGAGCAGGCGGAGAGUGCGGCAUCCCGGGUCAGAAGAUCUGCUGCCCCCCUGGCGUCAGACCCGCGGGGCCCGUCCGUCCCCCGCCCGUCGCGCCCCAGCCCGUGCCCAUUCAGCGGUCGGGCUGCGGCGGCCAGAACCCCAUCCCGUACAGGCAGCCGCAGUAUGCUGAGGCCACCUUCGGCGAGUACCCUUGGAUGGUGGUCGUCCUGGACUUCGGCGACGGCUACAAGGGCGGCGGAGUCCUCGUGGCGCCCGACUGGGUCCUCACCGCGGCUCACAAGGUUUACAACGAGAGGAGCCUCAAAGUCCGCCUGGGCGAGCACAACGUCCGCCAGCGCCAGGACCACCCCAACUUCCCCCACCUCGAAGUCCCGGUUGACAGGAUCAUCAUUCACCCCAACUUCGACAACCAGGCUCUCCUCAACGACGUGGCUCUGCUGCACCUCGCCCAGCCGGUCAACGUGAAUCAGUACCCGCACAUUGGGACGGCGUGCUUGCCUUCGCCCGGCCAGAUCUUCCACGGGCAGACGUGCUGGGUCACCGGCUGGGGCAAGGACGCCUUCCAGACGGGCGGCAAUUUCCAAGAGAUCCUGAAGGAGGUGGACGUCCCCGUCGUCGACCCCUUCCGAUGCCAAGCCAGCCUGCAGCAGACGCGCCUCGGACCCUCCUUCACCCUCAACCAGCAGUCCUUCAUCUGCGCCGGAGGAAUCGCCGGGAAGGACGCCUGCACGGGCGACGGCGGGUCCCCCCUGGUGUGCCCCACGCAGAGCGGGUGGACGGUCGUGGGCCUCGUCGCCUGGGGCAUCGGCUGCGCCCAGGGGAAUGUCCCGGGGGUCUACGUCAACAUACCCAACAUGAUGGACUUCAUUAGGCAAUACGUCAGAUUUUAGAAGGAAGGGCCCACACGACCAACCUACAAAAAUUACUGAAACAUUCUAUUCAUAUGUACAUACCCCUAAAAAUAUAAAUAAUGAUUAUGAUAAUUAACAAAAGCGAUGGUUGUGAUUCCUGAUGAGUGAUUACGCACUCGUAUGCAAAUUUACCUGGAAAGUCGAGGGCUACGUGCGUAUUUCUUUACGAGUAAGAAUUCAGUGAUUUUGCCCUCAUUUUCACUAAUACAUUUUGUACUUUUUUCAUAGAAAAAUCAUCUUAAUGGGGACGGAUGGAAUGUCAUAUUUAUUUCCUCAGGGUGUGAGACUUUUUUAAAACGAAAGGAGAGGAAAGAAAGCAAUUUUCUCCUCUGGCUAUCCUCUUUAUGGUGUCGAUAAGGGUGAAAAUAUUUACAUAAACUUCAGGGGUAUUAUAAUACUCUAGUAGAGCCAUAGGUCGGACGAAUGAUAUUUGUUACUGCUGCUGUGAUGUUAUCCUUUUGUUUUUAACCUAUAAUGGUGCAAUAAAUGAUGUACUGAAUUA